AUGACGAGUGACGACAUCUUCCAACUCCGUGCCAAAGACAACAGCGUUGUAGGACGUUUGGCUCUCGUCACGGGAGCUAGCGGCGGUAUUGGUUCGCAUUGUGCGCGAGCCCUGGCUGCCGAGGGCUGCGACAUUGCCCUUCAUUAUUCAUCCAGUAAGGCCGCAGCGGAUGCUCUCGCCAGCGAACUGCGUGUUCAAUAUCCUGGUCAGCUGUUCGUCCCUUGCCGGGCCGACUUGUCAUCUCGUGAGGCUACGCGGGAUCUCGUCCCGAAUCUGCUUCAAACAGACGUCGUUGCUGCAAAGCACAAGACCAUCUCGAUAUUAGUAGCCAAUGCUGGGUUAGGUCGCCGUAUACGAGAUGUCGCGGAUAUUGAAGAGAGCGACUGGGAUGACAUGUUUGAGGUCAAUACACGAAGUCCCUUUGUCGUCGUCAAGUCCGCCGUCGCCGGCAUGCGAGCGCAGAAUUGGGGCAGAAUCGUACUUGUCGGUAGUCUUGCAAGCCAGGGCAAGGGGUUGAAUGGGUGCCAUUACGCAGCCUCUAAAGGAGCCCUGAGUUCCAUGGGCCGCAAUCUAGCCAAUCUACUUGCGCCAGAAGGCGUGACGGUUAAUAUAGUCUCUCCGGCAAUGAUCGGCUCGACGGGAAUGAUUCCGCUCCCGAAAGCCGGAUCUUGGGAUCGUACAGCUCAAAGCCUCGAUAGUCUCCGCAACAAUGACCCUGGUCUUGCCAUUGCUUCCACCAUCCCGGUGGCUCGUCUCGGCACGCCCGAUGAAGUUGCCCAGAUUACAAUCAUGUUUGCCAAGACCGGAUACUUGACAGGACAAGAUGUUCACCUAAAUGGAGGGCUUCACUGA